GUCAAGAGCAAUAACUUUGCAAUGAAUGAAUCGAAAUUUAAGGAGGAAGGCUAUUUUGAAUUUCCAUUCAAACCAUAUGAUAUCCAGCAGAAUUUUAUGAAACAUUUAUACUACACGAUUGAGAACGAAAAGAUUGGUAUUUUUGAAAGUCCAACAGGAACAGGAAAAUCUCUUAGCUUGAUAUGUGGUGCAUUAACUUGGUUACGGGAUUAUGAAACACAAAAGGAGGAAGAAACAAAGAAUAUUCUUUCUGGCAGUUCAAGUUUAAAAGAAAGUAAAGAUGAAGAAGACAAUGAACCAACAUGGGUUGAUGAUUAUUUCCAACAAAAAGCUGCUAAUGAUCUCAUUGGGAAAGUUAAGGAGAGGGAAGAGAAACGAAAGAAGCAAAAACUGAAAUUGGAAGACAUUAGAAAAAAUAAAAGAGCAAAGAAGCGCAAGAGAGAUGAUUGCCCUUCAAUUGCCACUAGCAUGGAAAAUGAUGUAGUAGAAAAAGAAAAUGAAGAUGAGGCUCUCUUGGUUGACUACACCAGUGAUAACGAAGAUGUCAAGGGAGAGGACAGUACCUCAGAGGAAGAUGAAAUAGACGAAGAAGAACAACAUGGCAUGAAGAUAUUCUAUUGUAGUCGUACUCAUUCACAGCUUGCUCAAUUUAUACACGAAGUACAGAAAUCACCUUUUGCUGAUAAAAUACGAGUUGUUGCUUUAGCUUCACGACAGACGUAUUGUAUCAAUGCGGAUGUUCAAAUGUUAAAAAGUGGUCACAAAAUCAAUGAAAAAUGUCUUGACAUGCAGAAAAAGAAAAAAGAAAAGGAAGAUGAGAAAGUUGAAGGAAAGCAAGUGAGAAAGAAGCGAAAAAAAGAAAAGGCAUCUGGGUGUCCAUAUUACAACUAUAAAAGGUUUAAGGAGUUUAAGGACCAUGCCGUGGUUGAUGUGCAUGAUAUUGAACAGUUGGUGUCAUUAGGAAAGGAUUUGGAUACUUGCCCUUAUUAUGGAACUCGGCAUUCAAUUCCUGAAGCACAGUUAGUAGUUUUACCGUAUCAGACACUACUUCAUAAAUCAACAAGAGAUGCUGUUGGUAUAAAUCUGAAAGGAAAUGUUGUAAUCAUUGAUGAAGGUCAUAACUUGAUUGAAACGAUAAACACCAUUCACAGUGUCGAAAUAACUGCACUCCAGAUUUCUUCAUCAGUCAACCAGUUAAUGCAAUAUAGAGAUAGAUACAGGACAAGGCUAAAAGCGAAGAAUCUUAUGUACAUCGAACAAAUCUUGUUUGUGUUGAAUUCUUUGCUUUCUGCAUUGAAAGAAAAAAAUGAUUUAAAACAAACAGCUUCAUCAUUGAAGACAAUCAACAAUUUUGUUUACUCCUCAAAAAUCGACAAUGUCAAUUUGUUUAAGAUAAGAAGAUAUUGUGAAAAAAGUCAAAUAGGAAAAAAGUUGAAUGGUUUCAUAGACAAAUUCCAGAACAUGGAAAAGGAUUCGACAAAUGCAGUACAUUCAUCCCAGUUUGUUUACAUAGAGGCAUUUUUAGAUGCACUUACCAAUGCUGAUAAAGAUGGCAGAAUACUAAUUACUAAAGAUAAUCUGCCCAGCAAAUCCACGUUCAAAUUUUUGUUGUUGAAUCCUGCUGUUCAUUUCAUUGAUGUAUUGCAAGAAUGUAAAGCAGUCAUUGUUGCUGGUGGUACAAUGCAACCUAUAUCUGAAUUUAGAAAUGUGUUGUUAUACUCUGCGAAUGUCCACAGUGACAGGAUUGUUGAAUUUUCAUGUGGCCAUGUCAUACCACCAGAAAACUUGAUAGCUCUAUCUCUAUGUAAAGGUCCUUCGUCAAUAGAUUAUGAUUUCACGUUUCAAAAUCGAAGUAAAUAUGAUUUGAUAGACGAGCUAGGUCGUAUGUUGUGUAACAUUUGCACGGUUGUUCCUGGAGGUGUAGUCUGCUUCUUUGCGUCAUACGACUAUGAAGAUAUUGUUUAUAAGAGAUGGCUUUCAUGUGGUAUUCUGAAGAAAAUCGAGCUCAGAAAAAAGAUAUUUAGGGAACCAAGAAAAUCUGGAUCUUGUGAUAAAGUGUUAUUGGAUUACACCAACUCUAUUAGGAGAGGUGUAACUGGUGGUGCUUUACUGCUCAGUGUUGUUGGUGGAAAGAUGAGUGAAGGAAUAAAUUUCUCAGAUGAUCUGGGCCGAUGCGUUAUAAUGGUUGGACUACCUUACCCAAAUAUACAAUCCCCAGAACUGAAAGAAAAGAUGGAAUUCUUAAAUAAAAGUAUCGGGCCUUCCGCUGGACAGGAACAUUAUGAGAAUAUUUGUAUGAAGGCUGUCAACCAAUCGAUAGGUCGAGCAAUACGCCACAAAGAAGAUUACGCUUCAAUCAUUCUUGUUGAUCAAAGAUAUUCAAAACCAAAUGUUCAAAACAAGCUACCAUCUUGGAUACGAUCACAAUUACAAUGUCAUAGUCGAUUUGGGCCAGCUUGUGCUUCGAUUAGCAAGUUCUUUGCUGGAAAACGAAUUAAAAGUUAGAAGCCUAUAAGAUCUUGGAUACAGAACGUGCUUGUUAAACACUUUUGCUACAUGUAUUUCGACAUUCGUGUGAUGUUGUCUAGAUAUGCAGUGCGCGUGCUGUGAAGCUCCUUAGCAACGGUUUGUUUUGUUCGAAACCGACCACUUCUAUUACUUUAUGAAGAAAUUAAAGAAAUGCUUAUUAAUUAUGUAUAACAAUGGGAUUUUUAUUGAGACUGAAAUGAAAACGCUGAACACUCUUAAUUGAAUAUUUAUAUUUACAUAUAUAUAUGCACGCACCUGUUGGGGUUAAAACUCUAAAGAAGAGAAUUUUAGUUGAACUAAAAAUAAAUUGUUUGUCAAAAAAAAUUCGUUUGUCCUUUUCAAAAUUUUGAAACUAAAGAAUUUUUUUUUCUUUUUCCAUUUUUUUCUAAUGUCCGACACGACAUAUUGAGUUUAGUGGAAAUUAACUUUUAGAUGCGUGCGUUCAGAAAUAUUGGUAGAAAUAUUGAUUCGAGAAAUCUUAAUGCAUGAUUUAUUUUUACGUUAUUCAUAAUAUAGAAUAUGUAAAAUGUUGAAAUAUUUCGUUUGAUGUUUAUAAUAUUAUAUCUGUUAUUCUAGGUUACAUCAAUGCUUAUUAUCAUAAUGCUAGAAAAGCAAUAUUUUUUUGCUUUAGGAAUAGAAAUAUUAUAGUUAACAAGGAGUUAUAAAAAUUGAUAACAUGUUGCACGAAAUCACCCGGCCACAUUUGCUUAACUUCAAAAUUAUGCGUAUACUUUAUUCUGUGUGUCUUUUUGGUUUUGCCUGUAGUUUUAUAUCUUCGUGUUGUUUUAAUUUUUUUAUCUUAUUUUUUGUGAGUCAUUCUAAAUUUCGUUUGUUAUGCUUUCAUGUUUACUCGGGUUAUGCUGACGUCACGAAACAUGAAUAGCAUUAAAAUUCAAAUUGUUACUUAUUUUAACCCCCUUAAAUUUCUUCCCUUUGCUUUGUAAAUCUGUUUUGUUUUGGUGUUUUUGUUAAAAAAAUCACCACCCUUAGAUUUCACCUUUUGACUUUGGUAUGCUUAUUUUUAUUGUUUUUAAUGUUUUGUCGACAACUUAGUUGUGAAAAGAAUAUGCCUUACAUAAACAUCAGAUUAAAGUAUGCAAGAAGUUGUUUUGGCUUACUGCCUAGUGCAAAACAAUUAACAGUUCACAAGUCUUUCUUAGCAGUGGACAGAAUGUGUUCUGUUGGUUUUGUUGCAAUGCUUAUUUCAUUCUUAGACAUAAGGGGCCUUUAAAGGUUUUUUGUCCCAAUACACAAAAACCAACUACUAACAAGCCCUGGGGACGAGGUUGUGAUCUAUUGUUAUUUGUAUAUUGUUUAUUUAUUACAAGAAAUAUCGAUGUGCGAGAUUUAAUUUUUUAAUGUUUGAAGUAGCCCUAGCAAAAA